AUGUGUGAAAGAUUGAUGGGAUCGAUUGAUCUUCUCAAAGCCAGCAGAGGAGCAUAUACCUCCAAAGCUGGAUUUGAUGUGCAUUCAACCACCCGGCAUUCGGUUGAAGCUCCUUUUCAUGACCAAUUGAAGGGUGCCUGGUUCUGCUUGAAAAAUGGCCUGUUGGAUCCCAGUAAAUCUUCUGAGUCUCCCUGUUGUUAUCCACUAGAUGAGGGAGGAAAGCCCAGUGGUAAAGUUUCAAAAUCCAUGCUUGAUGUUGUAGAUAAGGGAGUUGCAAAAAUAUCCCAGAAUUUUAAAUACAAACUAUACGAAUAA